AUGCCGCUUAAGAAUAAUAAAGUCGGCGGUACAUCAGAUGAGUUGUCCAAAUCCGGCGCCGAAGAGUUGGCUGGACGCACGAACGCAAAGAAUAACUCUUUCCAAGAGGUGCCCCGCAUAACAGCUGCGCUCGGUAUCCAUGACACUUGUGGCGUUCACAAUUUGCAUGGCAUGCCAGCCGUUUUAUCAGCCAUUGCCUCAGCUAUUUUUGCCAAUUUUGUUACACAAGAAAAUUACAAAUCCGAGUUGGGUGCAAUCUUUCCAGCUAUGGUUGGCGCACCAGAGAAUAGUAACUCAACAAUUAUACUUGGGGGCUACAACCGCACUGCCUCAACUCAGGCUGGCUAUCAGCUUUGCGGCAUUGCAGUCACCUUGUUGGUUGCCAUUGUUGGUGGUGUUUUAACAGGCGCUGCACUUAAAUACACCGGCGUGCGCAAGUUACAGAAGGAUGAACAGCAUCAGGAUGAGCUGUUCUGGGAGGUGCCCGAAAAUAAGGAAGACUAGUAAAGUGAAAUGUUCGAGUUGUAUAAAUUUUUGUAAUGUAUUUUUGAAAACAUUCAAAAGCUUAGAUUAAGAGUUUUCACAUUUAGGGUAUUCACACCUUCCGGGUGUGUUUUGUUGCUGGUAACUGAAUAAAAUAUAAAACACAUAAAUAGAUAAACGGGAUAACCAGCAAGGUGUGAAUACCCCUAUUAUGUAUGUACUAUUAGCUCGCACCGCCGUUUUUUUUAGUUCGCUUAA